AGCGAUGAUGGAAUGGCGUUGCCCCUGGUGACCCGGGUUAAGCCCCGCCCCUCCUCCGGCUGGGUGUUCUCCACGCUGGUUGCCAUGGCGAUCAUCGGCAGCAUCCUGGUGGCGACCAUGACGAUCGCCUGCCUGAGGAAUCACGCCCACCGCCUGGCAGCCAGGAAGCUGGGCCUGGAGGGGGGCAGCUUCACGCACCAGGAGUACCAGGACCUGUGUCGCCAGCACAUGUCCUCCAAAGGAGCCUUCGGACGCCUGGAGGCCGCCGCACUGGGAGCAGUGGGAGGAACCAGUGGAGGAGGAACCAGUGGAGGAGGAGCUGCAGGUGGAGGAGCAUCAGCAGGUGGAGGUGGAGACUCCAGAGUGAGCAGCGUCUCCUCCCAGUUCAGCGAUGGAGCUCAGCCCAGUCCGAGCUCCAUCGGCAGCGCGUCAUGGUGUGAAGAGCCGGCACAGGCCAACAUGGACAUCUCCACCGGACACAUGAUACUGGCCUACAUGGAGGACCACCUGAGGAACAAGGACCGUCUGAUGAAGGAGUGGGAGGCUCUGUGCAGCUACACCGCCGAGCCCAGCGCCGUCUCCAUCGCCCAGAGCGACGCCAACGCCAAGAAGAACCGCUGCGCGCAGUCUGCCCCCUAUGAUCACUCCAGGGUGAAGCUGAAGGCGGAGGUCAACCCUUCUCGAUCUGACUACAUCAACGCCAGCACCAUCAUUGAGCACGACCCCCGGAUGCCUGCUUACAUCGCCACCCAGGGCCCGCUGUCACACACCAUCUCUGACUUCUGGCAGAUGGUGUGGGAGAACGGCUGCACUGUGAUCGUGAUGAUGAGCGCUCUGGUUGAAGACGGGGAGAAACAGUGUGACCGCUACUGGCCUGAUGAGGGCUCGUCCCUCUACCACAUCUACGAGGUGAACUUGGUGUCGGAGCACAUCUGGUGUAACGACUUCCUGGUGCGGAGCUUCUACCUGAAAAACGUCCAGACGCAGGAGACCCGGACCCUCACUCAGUUCCACUUCCUCAGCUGGCCGGCGCAGGGCAUCCCCCCCGCCACUCGCCCGCUGCUCGACUUCCGCAGGAAGGUGAAUAAGUGCUACAGAGGACGGUCCUGCCCCAUCAUCGUGCACUGCAGUGACGGGAUAGGCCGGACUGGGACGUACAUCCUGAUCGACAUGGUUCUCAAUCGCAUGGCUAAAGGUGUGAAAGAGAUCGACAUCGCUGCGACUCUGGAGCACGUGCGGGACCAGAGGUCGGGGAUGGUCCGCACGAAGGAUCAGUUUGAGUUUGCGCUGACGGCGGUCGCUGAGGAGGUCAACGCCAUCCUCAAAGCUCUGCCUCAGUGACACCCUCCUCUUCCUCCUCUUCCUCCUCCUCCAUGAUGAUUCUCACGAUGAAGAACGACGCUGUGCUUUUCCGUCCGCCCUCCUGGUGUCAAAAAAAAAACAUCUUACUUUGGGACGGCUUUAAAGUCAGAAAGGAUGUGUCUGAUUUCUAUGGCACAGAGGUGAUGUGUUCAGGGACAGGAGUGUUGCGUUCAAUGCUAAUAUGAAAGCAAAAUAAUUGAGAUAUUUCAAAAAGAGGUUUAAAAACCCACGUCUUAUUCUUUCAGCAAAAGAGGACCGUGUUAAAGGAACAAAGGAUAAAGCUGCCAGAAACUGAAAUAAAUAAAACCAAGAUAUCCAGAGAGAUGUCUUUCCCAGCUUUGUCUUUGCAGGAUACAUACAUAAAAGUCCUGAAUGUAACAGCCACCCUGAAUGCAACCUCUGCACCGGGUGAAUGCGAUAUUUAAACAUCAGGAAUCCAGGUGGAGUGUUUCCUGUCGGGUCGUCGUGUCUCAGAGAGGAAGUAGAGAUUGGUUUAAAGUGGAAAGGUGUGUAAAAGGAGGAUUUGUGAUUGUUUACCUGCUCUCUCUGUAGCUCCCCUCCCUUCCUCACACACCUGCAGAAAACACACUGCGUCCCCGUGUGUGUGUGUGGAUCGUGCUGCGUCACUGGAUAUAUUGUUGUUUACCUCAUGCAAGUCAAAAAAGAAAUAAAAAAAAUUAAAAAGAAAUGCUAUUCUCUGAAAAAACAGAAAAGCUUAUUUUGUAUUUGUGAGACCUUGAAUAAAUAUUUGAGUGUUGAAGUGCUGCAAUCGCU